AUGAAUGAUACAAUUAUUGUUGACACGUGGAAUGGUACAACGACAACUGGUCAGACGAUUCUCUCAGCGAAGAAAGAACAAUUAUAUGAAUCUCUGAUUCUCUCUGGAAGUGCUAUAAUCUUCAUUCUUCUGACAAUUCUCAUCCUUUACUACAUCAAAACUUCUCGUUAUUACCGUCAAUGGUGGCGUGCCCGUCAAAGUGAAAAAUCGGCAAAGAAGGAAGAAAAAGCGAGAUUGAAGGCAAAAGCUGAAAGAGAGAAAGAAGAACAAGAAGAUGAGGAAGAGUAUUCUGUUUGA